AUUGGGUGGAGCAGGCCAGAUGUACACGUUUCGCUGUUUCGACCUAUGGAGAUGAGGCGCUAGUCGGGUUUUCCACCGCUAUGGACCUUCUCCUUUCCAUCUCGCUACCUCGCCUCGUGGCUCGAUCAUGCAGCUUCCAUCGUCUCAUCUGUUCCCUUUACUGCAUUCUUAAGCUCUGUUGUGUACCGAUUGUUUGCGGUGUUGAAAUUUUGACCGCCUUUGUUCCGGGUUGCGCAGCGAAUUGUCGCCGUUGAUACGUGUUGUACGGUCUCUUGUACCAUUUUUAUUACGGCGCUUAGACAUUGUUCUAUCGUGACCAAAUGGGACGCCUCCCUGUCCCGCUCGAUGCGGCACUCACUGGACCAGACCGCAUGGUCUUGGAAAUUCUAGAGAAGGAAUACGCGGCGUCGAGCAACGUGCUAUCAGAAGCCUCAGAAGACUCCGACACUUCAGAUGUCAAGCAUUCUAAGUUUGUUACGCCAUCUCCCGAAGAUCCCCAAGACCGAGAACAACAGACAAUUGCUUAUUUGAAAAACAUCAACAACCCAAAGUCUGAUGAGUUUCAGCCUUCCGUCUUUAGUUCUGUGGACGUUCCGGACAUCAAAAAUGCGCGUUUUCGCAGCUGGUUUCUCGACCCUUACACCCGUUGGGCUCAAAAAGUCGUGCGAGUCGAGACCGAUGUCAUCAUGAUUACCCAUCUACUGCUCUACAUUAGUACGAGCAUACCGUCUGCCAUCUAUAUGUUUUACAACUUCCACUGGUGGCACGGUUUACUCCACGCGGUUAUGCAGGGCUAUUAUAUGGGGCCUUACACACUUCUGAUGCAUCAACAUAUCCAUAUGCGCGGAGUUUUGAACAAGAAAUACGCUCUCAUUGACGCGGUCUUUCCAUACGUUCUCGAUCCCUUGAUGGGACAUACUUGGAAUUCAUACUUCUUCCAUCACGUCAAACACCAUCACGUUGAAGGCAAUGGCCCGAAUGACCUGUCAUCGACCAUUCGUUACCAACGAGACGAUAUCUGGGAUUUCCUGCGCUAUGUUGGCCGAUUCUAUGUUCUAGUCUGGUUCGAUCUCCCUCGUUACUUUUUGCGGACCAACAAGAAGGGGCUUGCUUUCAAGACGGGUGUAUUUGAGCUUGGCACUUACGCUUUUAUAUACACCAUGUUCACAUAUGUGAAUGCGCGGGCGGCGACGUUUGUUUUCGUGCUACCCCUCGCUUUCAUGCGUCUUGCCUUGAUGAGCGGCAACUGGGGGCAACAUGCUUUUGUGGAUGAGGUGGAGCCAGACUCCGACUUCAGGUCUAGCAUCACACUCAUCGACGUGGCUAGCAAUCGCUACUGCUACAAUGAUGGCUACCACACGUCUCACCACCUAAACCCACUCCGACAUUGGCGUGAUCACCCCGUUGCUUUUCUCUCGCAGAAGAAGCAGUAUGCUGACGAGCACGCACUCGUUUUCUACAACAUUGAUUACAUGUUUCUUACCAUUAGCUUGUUGACGAAGAACUAUAAGUUUCUUGCAGAAUGCCUGGUACCAAUGGGCGAUCAGAUGAAGCUUACACUAGAAGAGAGAGAGGCGUUGCUGCGCCGAAAGACGAGGAAGUUUACCGAAGAAGAGAUCGCUGCGAAGUGGGGAAAGCAAUACGCGAAGUUGAAGUGAGGUUUGGCACUGAGUUAUGAGACAGACGACAUGUACAUAUUAACUGCUGGCCAUUCGAUACGCUGUGUGCUCCUUGUAUAAAUGUCUAGAUCGUAUAUAGCCGAAAGCGGCGUCAAUAGCAACGCAUUCAUACGUCCC